AUGUCUGAUGGAAGAACUUCUUUUGAACGUAUUCACUAUGACGCCUUUAUCACAAAUUCAUCACUGUAUGGAGUUAACCCUGAAUGCACCAGUUUGGUACUUAAGGAAAAUGAAAAUUUGACAGGAAAGAAGUUAGACAGUGACAUUGCACUAACCCGAAUGCUUAUUAGACGUUUAGUGGAGAAAAAUGGUUUGGAAAUGAAAAAAAAAAUAUACAUAGAUAGAAAAAUGAAGAAAGAAAAAAUUGAGAAAAAAAGACGAGAAGAAAUCGUGGACGGAGGACAAAGUGUAAAAGAGAGGAGUUUAAAUAAGGCAUGA